ACUCGUCACUGAUGAAGUGGCAGUGAUGGAGUCUAAUGCGGAAUCAACACUCCUGAAAGAUGAGUGCUAUGCUGAUUUUCUUAAAGAGGAAUUCGAUGUAAAGACAUACACAGCUCAAGCUAUUCAUCAUGCAGUCAUUGCAGAACAGCUGGCAAAGCUGGCAGAGGGCAUCAGUCAGCUGGACAAAGAGUUGCACAGUCAGGUUGUGGCCAGACAUGAGGAUCUACUGGCUCAGGCUACAGGAAUCGAGUCUCUUGAAGGUGUCUUACAAAUGAUGCAUGCUAGGAUUGCAGCUCUGCAGAGUGCUGUGGACAGGAUAAGGACCAAAAUCGUCGACCCUUACAAUAAGAUUGUGGCACGGACUGCCCAGCUCGCCCACUUACAGGUGGCGUGUGACCUGUUGAGAAGAAUUAUCCGCAUUCUGUACCUGAGCAAACGACUGCACGGGCAACUGCAGGGGGGCAGCAGAGAGAUCACCAAAGCUGCCCAGAGCCUCAAUGAACUGGAUUACCUGUCUCAAGGUGUGGAUCUGUCAGGUAUUGAUGUCAUUGAGAAUGAUCUGCUGUACAUCAGUCGAGCACGGUUGGAGGUGGAGAAUCAAGCCAAACGUUUACUGGAACAGGGCAUGGAGAUUCAGAAUCCAUCUCAGGUGGGCACGGCCCUACAGGUGUUCUAUAAUCUCGGCAGUCUCAGAGAAACCAUAAGAAAUGUUGUAGAUGGGUACCAGGCAUCUGUGCAAGAGAACGUUGUAAACGCUCUGGACAUUAAAGUUCUCACUCAGCCUACCAACACUAGAGGUGCCCCGGGCCGAGCCAUCAUGCCCACUCCUGGAAACACGGCUGCGUUUCGCGCUGCUCUGUGGACAAAUUUAGAGAAGUUAAUGGACCAGAUCUGUGCCGCGUGUGGUCAGGUACAGCACCUGCAGAAAGUUUUAACCAAAAAGAGGGACCCAGUGACCCAUGUGUGCUUUAUUGAUGAAAUCAUCAAGGAUGGGCGGCCUGACAUCUUACACACCUUCUGGAGUUCAGUCACUCAGACGCUCUCAGAGGAGCUGAAGAAAGCCACAGCUGCAUUGACCUUCCUGAAACAGGCUCUGGAGGGAGAGUAUCCUAAACUCCUGAGGCUGUAUAAUGAGCUGUGGAAGCGACUGCAGCAGUAUAGUGCCAGUAUACAGGGGGCGCUAGUGAGCAGCGGUGCAGGUCUGGAUAUGGAGCUGACAGUGUCAGAGAAUGAUACAGAUGACCUGUUCACCAGGACCAAACCAGACUAUGAUCCCGAGAAAGACCUAAAGGUUUCCCUGCAGCCGUAUGAAGCGGCGUACCUGUCCAAGUCUCUGUCCCGUCUCUUUGACCCCAUCAACCUUGUUUUCCCCCAAGGGGGGCGAAACCCGCCCUCUAACGAUGAACUGGACAGCAUCAUAAAGACCAUAGCCAGUGAGAUGAACGUUGCAUCAGUGGACCCUGGCCUGACAAUGGCGGUGGCCAAGAAUGCCGCCAAGACAGUUCAGCUCUUCUGCGUGAAGUCAGAGCAGUUGCUGUGUACACAGGGUGAUGCCAGUCAGGUGAUCGGGCCCCUGACGGAGGGCCAGAGGAGGAAUAUUGCGGUGGUGAACUCUCUUUACCGUUUGCAACAGGCUGUCGCUAAAGUAAUAUCUGGGUUGGGAAAUGUCCCUCCGGCCGCAGAACAAUCGCUCACUGCAUCUUUAGAGUCAGUUCUGGCUCUGAUGAGUAGUGCUGUUCAGCCCCUGCUCAAUUCUGUCACUGACUCUGUUGAAGCUAUACUCAUUACCAUGCACCAGGAGGAUUUCUCCGGUCCUCUCCUGGCGGGCGGGCGUCCAGAAGUGCCGUGCUCUCUGUACAUGCGUGAGCUGCAGGGUUUCAUCACACGCGUCAUGAAUGACUACUUCCGCCCGCUGCAGUGUCUGGACUUCCUGUAUGACAGCACAGAGAACAUCGCCCAGCGUGCCAUCACCCUGUUCAUUCGCCAUGCCAGCCUCCUGCGCCCGCUCGGGGAGGGAGGGAAGAUGAAAUUGGCGGCCGACUUCGCUCAGAUGGAGUUGGCUGUGGCUCCUCUCUGCAGACGGGUGUCAGAUCUGGGGAAGGCGUAUCGUCUGCUUCGAUCCUUCAGGCCGUUGCUGUUCCAAACGAGUGAGCACAUCGCUAGCAGUCAGGCGCUGGGAGAUCUGAUUCCGUACAGCACCAUAUUGCAUUUCCUGUUCACUCGCGCCCCGGCUGAACUCAAAUCACCACACCAGAGAGCGGAGUGGUCAGUCUCACGUUAUUCUCAAUGGUUGGAUGACCAUCCAUCUGAGAAGGACCGACUCACACUUAUUAGGGGUGCGCUGGAAGCAUACGUGCAGUCUGUGCGAGUCAGACAGGGGAAGAAGUUUGCGCCGGUGUAUCCCAUCAUGCUCCAGCUGCUACAGAAGGCCACAAGUGCAUCAUAGGACUGAUAUAUGCAAACAGAGCCACGUCUCGCCACAACUGCAGUAAGAGUGAUGGAAAAAAGAUCAAUCAAAACUAUAAAAACUCAUCUUCACCAAAAUAUUAUUAUUAUUAUCAUUAAUUAUGAUUGAUUUCUAAAAAUCAAAACCUGGUGGGUAAAGGUUGAUGUCUAAGAUUUAUUUCAUGGGUUGUUUGGUUACUGCUGUCAUUAGUACCUUUUUUAACACAUCUACAAUAUUCAUAAUUUUCAGUAAUCUUUGUUUUGUUUAGUGCUGCAUAAUGAAAUAAAUGAAUAACUAUGCGCAUUAUUUAAAUGUGAAAAUUCUGAUUAAAGAAUGUCAUAUGCUUUUUUCUUUACAACUCUGAAUUAUGAUAUGAAUUUUGUUUUUAAAAAACACUAUCACAGGUUCAUAUAUCUGUUUGUUCUGUCUGUUGUGUGAAUGCCUACAAAAGAUCGCAAAGAGACGAGAAUGUAAACGCAUCUUCAGGAUUGGGAGGGACCAAAUGCAUUACGAAAACAUAUAUUGGUCAAUCACUUAUCUAAAUAACCAAAUGACUAAUUCAGUUAUAUUUUCCUGUUUGCAUAAAGGGUUCAUCAUUUGGAACCAACCAACAACAACAGUAAGAGUUAUGUUUAGGGAUGCACCAAAAUGAACACUUUUGGCCGAUUUUAACAAAAACCUACAGGCCGAUACGGAUACCUUUUUUUGUGUGUGUGUGGUUAUUUUGUACAACAGAACAUUACAACAUAAAUAAAACAUUACAAA